GCUGCAAUCAAACCACAUUAUGCUGUGAUGAAAUGGAUCGACAAAUGCUCCAUCAAGGAAAAGCAAGUGAACUUAGUUAAUGAGCAAUUGAAUAAACUUGGAGGUGGUGGUGGCAAGAGUUGUUAAACUGAAAGUAUAAUUGAACCACCACUGUAAAGGAAGGAACAUAUACACCUUUACAACCAAAACUGCAGCUCCAAUCCCCUCAAUUUAUAGCUUGGAAGUAGCAGAGGUGGCCCAUGGUCACAUACUUGUGAAUGCAGAAAAGUAUCCGGCCCCACACAAAUAUAAAUACAAUUGAGAUGAAGCAUUCAUAUUUGGAUACAUUCAUAGAUGUUCAAGGAGAUCAGAAGAGUCAUAAUUUUUAAAGCAAGAAAAUGAGGAGAGCAUAUCGCAAAAUGUGGCGGGUGGUGCCGGACUGCACAAGCAAGAGAAUCUUGCGAACGGAAUCGAUGAGAGACAUAGAAGAAAUACUCAAGAGUAAGCUGGCAACCAUCAAGGAAGAUGAGUCAGAAAGGGAUGAGGUGGAGAAGAGUGCUGUAACACCAGCAAUAUUGACCAGGAGUAAGAAGAGAUCAGAAAUAAGAAAGAAGGGGCGGUGUUUUGUGGCUCACUUGAGCUUUAAAAACCGUAUGCUAUUCAUGACUGCUGGGUUGCAGCGAAGCUAUGAUUGCACAUUAUUGGCUUUCAUUGCUUCAUUAUUCAUACGUGCCAUGGCUCUCUUGGGCUAUUCUCUGGUCACGGCCUCUUUUCACUCAGAUGAAGAAGCAGAUGACUAUGAAGGAAGAUUUAUAGCCAUGAGGAUGAUCAGUUUUGGGCCCUAGGGUCCCGGGGGGAGAAGCCACGCUUUGCUCUUGAUGGUCAUAUCGAAAAUGGGCCUAAUAACUUAUCUUGGAAGGCUUUGUCCCCUGUCUUCUUCUCCCAGAUAAGAUUCCAUUAUUUGAAAGUUGAAACAGAAAGCCGGCUAGUAUCAUAAAUAUUUUCAGGGUGGGUUUGGUAUUGUUGUUGUUGUGGUUGUAACUUGAAAAAAAUUAUUUUAUAAAAGUUAAUUUUAGUUAAGGUUGGUUUGAAAAAAUA